GCGAGUUGCGCUUUCUGCUGGUAACGUUCAUUCGAUCCACAAAGGCCAUCGUGUGCUUGCACAGACGCUCGCUCUCGGGUCUUCAAUCAACCUACCACGCUUGCUUUUGGGACGUGGGAGGAAACCGGAGUACCUGGAGAAAACCCAAGCAGGCACGGAUCCCGCCUCAGACAUGUCCCAGCCAACGCUGCUGACGCUGGUGACGCUGAUCUACGCGUUUAGUGGUGGUGUGGCAGGUGGAAAGAUCCUGGUCUUCCCCAUUGACGGCAGCCACUGGAUCAACAUGAAGGUCCUGAUCGAGGAGUUACACGCCCGUGGCCACGAUAUCACCGUGGUGCGGCCCUCUGACAGCUGGUACAUCAAACCCGAGUCGCAGCUCUACAAAACCAUCACCCUGCACUUCUCAAGCGGGUUUGACGAGAUCAGCUUCGGUUCCUUCGUCACCAGCAUGCUCCACAUGCAGCGGGAAGGCGCCUCCUUGUGGAAGCGGCUGGCGCUGGAGUACGAGGUGGUCAACCAAUUCUACUACAUAAACCAGCAUGUAGUGGACAUGUUGGCCAAUGUGUUCGAGGACCAGGAGAUCAUGCGGAACCUACAGGAAGCCAACUACGAGGUGGUCCUCGCCGACCCAGCGAUGGGUGGUGGCGUCUUGCUGGCUCGCCGUCUUGGUCUCCCCCUGGUGUUGAACGUCCGCUGGACUGUCCAGGGGGAGGCGCAUCUGGCCAUCGCGCCCACGCCCUUGUCUUAUGUCCCCAUUCCGGGAGCCAAGCUGACAGAUAAAAUGACAUUCGGGGAGCGUCUCAAAAACGUCAUGUACUACUUGUUCACGCGUUGGCAGGUUUGGUACGUGUCAGAUGCCAUCUACAAACCCUUUGUCCACCGGUACUUUGGCCCGGACAUACACUACAUGGAACUCUUCCAGUCAGCGGACAUCUGGCUGAUGAGGAACGACUUCACUUUUGAGUUCCCGCGGCCCACCAUGCCCAACGUGGUCUACAUGUCUGGGUUCCAGUGCAAGCCGGCCCGGCCACUCCCCGCCGAGCUGGAGGACUUUGUGCAGAGUUCUGGGGAGCACGGCGUGGUAGUGAUGACUCUGGGAACCCUUGUGGCAGACCUCCCCGAGGAUAUCACCAAUGGAAUCGCUGCCGCCUUCGCCCGACUCCCCCAAAAGGUGAUCUGGAGACACCAGGGUAAGCGUCCAUCCACCCUUGGAAACAACACGCUUCUCCUGGACUGGCUUCCACAGAAUGACCUCCUGGGCCACACUAAAACCAGAGUUUUUGUAGCGCACGGCGGCACCAACGGCAUCCAGGAGGCCAUCUACCAUGGUGUACCCCUGGUGGGCCUCCCGCUCAUGUUCGAUCAGCACGACAACUUCUUCCGGAUGGAGGCCAGGGGGGUAGCCAAGGUGCUGGACAUUGCCACGGUGAACCAGGAGAACUUCCUGGAGGCCAUACAGACGGUUAUUCACCAACCGUCGUACGGCACCAAGAUGCAGCGGUUGUCAGUGUUGCACCGAGACCAGCCAAUCCCGCCUCUGCAACGUGCCGUCUUCUGGAUCGAGUUCGUCAUGAGGCACAAGGGGGCAGCGCACCUGAGGACCGAGUCAUACAAGAUGUCCACUGUCCAGUACUAUUGCUUGGACGUAGCGGCCUUCCUGAUGGCCGUGAUCGUAACGGUUGCUGCCAUCUGUGUGACGGUGCUGAAGUUCAUAUGGCGAUGUUUGUUUUACCGAAGCAAGCUGAAAAAAGAAUGAUACCCCCACUCUUCCCUCUUUUCUUCUUUUUGUUUGCUUUGACUUUUAUGGGCUGAAAUAUGUGCCACCAGAAACAGAAUUUGAAUCAUUUAUAUUUGAAUUCAAAUUGCCUAACUAAAAAUGAAUUUCAAUUAACUGAAUGUGAAUUGGGAAGACUGCAGGUGAAAAGAUUUUAAUUUUCAUUGAGGAUCACAUAAUCGUACGUUCAUUUGAAAGUUUAUUGGGGUUCAGUUCCAAACUGAUAAAUACAAUUUCAAAUUAUACUAUUCAGAUUCAGGUUUUCAAUGCAAUGAUUGAAAUUAAACAAUACAAAUUCAAAUUAUGAAAUUAAAAUAUUUUUAAUGCAAUUAUUCAAGUUUAGCAAUUCAAAGUAAAAUAUAAAUGAUUCAAAUUCUGUUUCUAGUGGCACAUAUUUUAGCCCAUAGAUUUGUUAUUUUAGUUAUUUGUACUUCUGCUUUCCUUGUAAAAAUCAUUUCAUUUAAAAAAAAUUAUUAAACCCAAAAAAUUAUUACUGGACAAAUGUACCCAUUUCAAAGUUUAAAA